AACUUAGAAUUCAAAAGCAGGACUCACUUUGGGCUAAAGUUGGUAGGCAUGGCAGCCAUGGCUCUUUCAUCUACCUUUACUGGAAAAGCUGUUCCUUUGAAUGCACCAACUGAGCUGUUUUCUUCUGUUCGCAGCAAUGGAAGAGUCUCAAUGAGGAAAUCUGGAAAGCCAGCUUCUUCCUCAGGCAGCCCAUGGUAUGGUCCCGACCGUGUUAAGUACCUCGGACCAUUCUCUGGUGAGCCUCCAUCUUACCUGACAGGAGAAUUUCCUGGUGAUUAUGGUUGGGACACUGCAGGCCUAUCAGCUGACCCUGAGACCUUCGCUAAGAACCGAGAGCUCGAAGUGAUUCACAGUAGAUGGGCCAUGCUUGGGGCUCUUGGAUGUGUAUUCCCAGAGCUUCUUUCCAGAAAUGGAGUCAAGUUUGGUGAAGCAGUUUGGUUCAAGGCUGGUUCCCAAAUCUUCAGUGAGGGUGGCCUUGACUAUCUUGGAAACCCAAGUCUUGUUCAUGCACAGAGCAUUCUGGCCAUUUGGGCAUGUCAAAUAGUGCUUAUGGGUGCAGUUGAAGGUUACCGUAUUGCAGGAGGACCUCUUGGAGAAAUUACCGAUCCCAUCUACCCAGGUGGCAGCUUUGAUCCCCUCGGGCUGGCUGAUGAUCCAGAGGCAUUUGCAGAGCUUAAGGUGAAAGAACUUAAGAACGGUCGUCUCGCAAUGUUUUCCAUGUUCGGGUUCUUUGUGCAGGCCAUUGUAACAGGAAAAGGUCCUUUGGAAAACCUCGCAGAUCACCUUGCUGAUCCUGUCAACAACAAUGCAUGGGCUUAUGCUACCAACUUUGUACCUGGGAAGUGAAACCAUCGAGUCAUGUUUGAACAAGCUUUCAAUUUCACUACUUUGAGCGCAUAGCCUGUAAACUGUACUAUCAAAAUAUUGAAGAUCAGCAAUCACUAUUAUAAUCAACAAAACUAUCUUGCCCAAA